CAGUUCUUCCUUGGAUUUUCUGCCGCUCCGUACCACUCCACCGUAUCCCUGCACUCAAGCACACACGCAAAGCCGCUUCCUACCACUCCACCGUCUCCCUGCAUGCAAGCACACACGUAAACGUCAGUUCUCCUCCACGCCUUGACCCGCAGGAUGUACGAAGCGCUGGAAGACGGAGGACUGGCAAGAGAAGGAGGAGAUACCGUGUCGCCCUUUUGGUGGUGGUUCUCGCUCAACAGAGAAAAAGGAGGGCCAGCUUAUCACUUCCGCCAGAACGCCACGUGUCCCUUCUUCGUGAGCUACUUCAACAUCACCGUCAGCAUCUUGAUCUUCAUUCUCCCCCUGGUGUUGUGUCUCGUCCUCCUUUCGUCCGCCAGAAGCAAGAAAUGGUCCAAGUUGCUAGUGGUACUUCUGGUCUUCGGGACGGGUUUCCUCUUGACGGUGGUGUUCGAGUCGUCCUGGUGGCUGGUGGGGAUGGCGGAGGUGAACAUGAGUGUUGGGCCCCAGAAGCCGCCGGUCCAGGGCACGCUGGAGGUGUGGGCCGGACUGUGGCAUCUUUACCUCAACUAUGUGACGGACGACUUCACCUUUAACCAGCGAGUGGACUGGUCUUUGAGGGAAGACUUGGUGGCAGUGCACAAGAAAGCCUUGAACGAAGGGUGGCCCUGGGCUCUGGUGAGUCUGACAGCGGAGCUGGGUGACGAAAGCACGGCGUGGCGCGGCCAGCUGGGGGACGGUCUCAGACUUGGGGGUCUGGCGGCAGCCUCCUUCAUGGUGGCGGCCAUCACGUCUUGGGCACUGUGGGCGCUGCUCUUCAUAGUGUCGCCGCAGGCUACAGGGCCACCCAUUAUGUUGUCCGGGACGAUCUUGGCGAUGUGCAGCGUGGUGUACGUGCUGUGCGUGAGCUGGUCCAUGCCCGACACAUUGACUGUGGCUGGCAACAAGAUGACAUUGAGUCUGGGCCACGCGUGGUGGGUGACUACGGGGAUGGGCUUGUGUCUCACUCUGGUGGGGCUCGGACUGCUGCUCUACGACACUUACUGUCCCGGCCAGCUUGCAACAAUUUUCGAGCUGGAGUUCGGGACUCCAAACCAACAGCUGUACCCUUACUCCAAUAAGAGUCCCAAGCCCAUAUUAGCAUUUCAUGAGGAGGAAGAGGCCUACUACAGUCAAGGAUACCCGUGGCCCCGUCCCCUAGUAUACUUCUCUGACGAGGAGGAUACACACCUCAAAGAAACUGAAAGGUGUAUUUGCAAGCUGAAGCAGCAGACGGCGCCAGACGGGAAGAGAAACAAGAUCAGAGAUGAGAAAACGGAGCUCACUUUUGCGUCCUCAUUGAGUGACGGCCAGACCCACACAACACAUAACCCACCGCCCGACACGCUGCGUCGUCGCUCCCCAGAACAGCAACAGGUGCUCCCGCCUUCAUCGCUGGAGCAGAACAUCUCGCCUCCCACUAAUAGUAAUGAAGCAGCGUUCACGAAGACCAGCACCAGCAUUCCCGAUAACCACAGCACACUCCUGGUAGAGAGACAUGUGCCCAAAACCAACGCCUUGCUACGCACGAACUCGGUGAGGCGAUCCAUGAGGUCAUUCUGCAGGGUGAAGCCUCGGCUUUCCGUCAGACUGUCGUACAGAUCGGCACUGCGAAAGAAGUCCAUGUCGCUCUCCCGCCUCGUGCUGCCCUCCAUGGCCAAACAAGAUUGCGAGGAGGGGAAUGACGGGAAGAGCGAGCAGUGGGUGGAGGAGAACGAUGAGUCUGAACCGGAUUUUGAGUCUGCCGCCUGGGUGGACUGCGCUACACGUUUCUGAGACCCAACACCUGACGGCCUGUUAGCGGUGGUCCGUGGCUUCAUGGACACGUUUGUUGUUUCCUUUGUUUCAUUAUAUGAGUUGUUUCGUGAGAAGGCUGAGGUUAAGCAAGAUGUCAAAGCAAAUAAAGUGUCAAAUGUGCUUGCUA